AUGAUUGGAAAGGCUUGCGAUGAAGACAUUUGGAAAAAGACAAUAGCUGAAGGCAGAACUGUACUUCAUGUUGCAAGUGAAAGAGGAAAUUUCGGACUUGUUAAAUCACUCAUCGAAUGCGGCUGUGAUAAAGAAAUAAACGAUCAACGUGGUAAUACUCCCCUUCAUAAAGCAUCAUUUUAUGGUCGUCUUGACAUUGUUCAAUAUCUUAUCUCUGUCGGGGCUGAUAAAGAAGCGAAGAAUGAAAGUGGAGAUACUCCACUCAUUUUAGCAUCAAAAAAUCGCAAACUUGAUGUUGUUAAAUAUCUUAUCUCCGUUGGAGCUGAUAAGGAAGCAAAGAAUGAAGAUGGGGACACUCCAUUAAUUUGUGCAUCAAGUUAUGGUGAUCUUGGUAUUGUUAAAUAUCUUGUCUCUAUUGGAUGUAAUAUUGAAGCAAAGAAUAAAGAUGGAAACACUCCACUCAUUGAGGCAUCACCUAAAGGUAAACUUGAAGUUGUUCAAUAUCUCAUCUCUAUUGGAUGUAAUAUUGAAGCAAAGAAUAAUAAUGGAAAUACUCCACUCAUUUGUGCAUCCACUGGUUCUAGUGUUGAAGUUGUUAAAUAUCUUAUCUCAGUUGGAGCUAAUAAAGAUGCAAAGAACAAUAAUGGACAAACUCCAUUCUCAGUUGCAUGGGGUGAUGUAAAAAGUUAUCUAAAUAUAUUGGGUCUAAAAUGCUUGUAA